GGAAGAUGCCGCGGGCGUUCCUGAUCACGCAUCGCAGGUACAACGGCGCCGAGGAGGAAAUCGGUGGUGCUGAAAGAGAUUUCAGCCCCGAGAGGAGCGUGAGACUGGCCGAUUACAGCGGCGGCCAGCUGACUUCCGAUGGCGCCAGCGAGUGCGGCAGCGAGACGUCAUCCGAGUGCCCCGAGGAGCUGUACAACCUGACGAAGCUGGCGGAGGUGAGCCUGGCGGCAGCGGCCGGCACCCUGAUCCACCACAGCAACGUCGUCUACCAGCGACCAGCGUCGCCCCGGCUCGCGCAGUACCCCGCGGAAGCGAGCAGGACCCCUGCGACUCGAUCGAAUGUUCAGGGGGCAGCGGAGAAUCCGGAUCAGCUUCCGGUCCAGGAACGGACGCGGCUGUUCUUCGAGCGCAUCGAGACGGAGCGCGAGAUUCUGGCGGGGCGCGCCGAGGAGAAUCCGGGGGUGCGUCUCUCAUCGCCGCGGUACCCCAUCUGCCCCCCGCAGGAGGAACCGAGCUUCUCGAAGAGUCGUCCGGAUGUCCCCGGACGCGUCGAGCCGUCGCCGAUGUCGAUCGUCGCGUCGCAAGCUGGCCGCAGGAUGGUGGAGCCGGUGAAACCGGAAGACAACGAGGAUCACGAGUGCCCCGACUGCGGCAAAAAGUACUCGACCUCGUCGAACCUCGCCAGGCACCGGCAGACGCACAGGUCGCUGGGGGACAAGAAGGCCAGGAGGUGCCCGCAUUGUGACAAGGUCUACGUCAGCAUGCCGGCGUUCAGCAUGCAUGUGAGGACUCACAAUCAGGGCUGCAAGUGCCACUUUUGCGGCAAGUGCUUCUCCAGGCCAUGGCUGCUGCAGGGACACAUACGCACGCACACAGGUGAGAAACCCUUCAAGUGUACCAUUUGCAACAAGGCCUUCGCCGACAAGUCGAACCUGCGCGCUCACAUACAAACUCACUCGAACACCAAGCCUCACGUGUGCGGUCGCUGCGGCAAGGCGUUCGCCCUGAAAUCGUACCUUUACAAGCACGAGGAGUCGUCCUGCAUGCGUGCCCAUCACCGAUCAUCCACCGAGAAGUCCGAUCAGGUCGAGCAACAGACGUCAUCAUCAGCAAAGCUGAACGUUCCACCAGCGUCGUCUCUGAACAGAUCGCAGACGACGACCUGCGUCACGGCGUCGCCCACCAGCGUGAUAGUUCCACGAUUGGGGCUGGAUCGUGACCAGAAGGGCUCCCCGUCAUCAGCAUUCUCCAUCAUUAGGCACACCAGGACGACGGACGCGUCUGCCACGUCUUCGAAGCGACCGUGCAGGGAGCGAACGCCUUGUUCUGCGGACGAUCCGGGAAGACGGAGCCCCAACUCGGCCAACAAGGACCCGGAAUACGUGUCGAGGAUGGUCAUCAGGACGUCGGUGAUAUCGCCGAACCCGGAGCACCUACACCUGCGUUUUGAGAAUGACGUGAAGGGCUCCUCGACUGGCGCAUUCGACUAUCCCGAACCGACGAGGUCCUCGGCCUUUUCGAGACCCGCCACGAUGACGUUGAACUUGGCCAUUGCUUAGAAGCUCGGCCAAGCAGCGCUGUUGCCUGACUGACGAAUUUUUACAACGAGAUAUUUUCUCGAGAUUAUAAUUAAUAAUUUUCGGGGAUUCUAGGAUAUCCUAGGACUUCAAGUAUCUCGAGAUCCUUUGUAAGAAAUUACUUGGAGGAUUUUUUAAUCAUUCGAGCCUUCUUGAAUCGCGACCGAACGAAACACAAACCUCCGACGAAAUGCUGAACGACGUUGCGAAUUCGCAAUUGCGGAAUUGACAGAGCGAGUAUUGCGUAUUGACAGAUUGUAUUCCAAGCAUCUUCCGAAUUAGGGACCACCUAGCGAUUAGUCGUAAUAACGUAAUAAAUCUGUAAGCCGCCGUGUUUUUACUUUAGCCGAUUCGUCGACAUCGAAGUCGCGUCUUACGGACAUCGAGAACCGAGAGUGUCCCGAAAACGUGGCACGAUCCGACGCAACCCCGACAGAAUUGGCGCGUGAGGGUGAAGACAUACGAUGGCGCGCGGAGAUUUUCUGUCCUGACGAGAAUCAGCGUCUAUUAAAAAUGCCAAGCGUGACCUUAUCUAUUUAAAGACAUGCAAGACAUCGCCAUUGCGCGGCUAUCGAGCGAUCGAGAUUGAUUCGUCGACCCAGUGCCUUCGUGCUGUUACUUUAGGAUUAGGUAGCGAACGCGUGUGUCGAGGCUCUUCGAGGCAGCUAUCAGCUUUACGAGAUGUAUAUACAUGCGCGAUGAGCAGCUUCUCAAAGCGGAGAGUGCGGCCUGACAAACGUGCGCGAGGAUACCUCGUUCGAUGUGCCGAGCGAGAGGAGUAACGUUUUUUUUUUAAACAGGAAAAACAAGGGAUGAAUGCGCUUUCCGCGUCGAAGGCGACGCGGCAUAUCCGGUAGGAUUCGUUGCCGAGAGAAAUUUCCGGAAGUGCGAAGCGUUGCCGGAAUUCAACUCUCAAAGGACGAAGGCGUGUAUCUGUGAUUCGGAAUUGCGCAGGUGGUUGCAGGCGUGAGAAGUGCACGAAAUGCGGCUCCAGACAACGCGAUUGUCGAUAUUAAUGUAUACACACGCACAAAUAGAAUUAUAUUAUUUUCCAGAAUUAUACUAGGUCAUUAACUAACAAUCCAAAUCGCGUCUAAAUGAUGACGCAACUCAAUGUAGCGAUGUGCAUUUUACGGGCGCAUCGUCUGGAGCCGCAGUCGGUUUUCCGGUGGCGGAAAUUAAUUAUAGACGACGAUAAAUAAAUAAGUCUUUUCCCUCGUUCGCGUUUUUACGAUGCCAGGCAAGCUGGUAUCCGAGUGUCGAACUAGUCGAGCCCGCUCCGCCAUCCGCGAGCCGCGAUCUACCGUCCUGACGAAGCUGCGGAAUCGCGAUCUUCGCGAUUCGACGAUUAUCAUCGCGAACAAUGUCCAAUCGAGCUCUUCGGCAAUUCGACGGCAAGAAUUCGCGGAUUACGCGAACGAUGGCGGAACGGUUAUCAUAAAGAUUUCGCGUAAGUGUGUAAAGAAGAAUCGAGAGAUGUAAUUGUUUUCUCUGUGUAAUUGUUUAAUUGUAUUAUUAAUCGACGAGCGAGUCGCGAGCGCGAGUGCGUCCUAGUCAUUUUGAUGGUUUGAUGGAGCACCGACGAACGGGAGGGUUUUAGGGGGUCCCGGGGGUCGUAGCGUUUAAGACGUUAUAGUCGCGUUGACGUUGUAAAUAGCAUUCCCACGUAUUUCACGUAUUAGAGUUUAGAUCGUGCGAGAUGCGAGUUGAUGCAGUUCGUUUUUAGGUAGCGCGAGAUUGAUCACGUCCGUAAUAUUAUACAUACGUGCUAUUUGUACGCCGGUGUGCCUACGCAGAACACAUUUAUCCACAUUUUCUUCGUUUUCUUUUUUACGAAUUGUAAAAGUCUUGUCUAUAUCGUAUGUAACGAGAGAGUAAUGUUUACGAAGUGAAAUAUAUACAUAUAUAUAUGUAUUAUAUAUAUAUUUAUAUAUGUCUGAAGCA